AUGAAUACAAGUAAGAGAAAUUUAAUAGUUGGUGAAAUAUUUGUAGGUUUCUUUUUUGGAUUUGCAAUUCAGAAAUGCAACGUUUAUUUACCCUCAAUAGUCAGAGACCAAAUGGAAAUUAAAAACUUUACAAUGAUAAAAAUUAUUUUGUCCUUUAUAUCAGCAAGUACAAUAUCAACAACUUUAUUAAACUACUUUAGAAUGAUAAAGUUAGAAUUUUUACCAAUAAUUUAUAGGAGAAAUUUAAUAGGAGGGAUUUUAAUGGGAGUUGGUAUCUAUGUUUGUGGUGCUUGUCCAGGCAUUGCAUUGCCUCAAGUUCCAAUAUUCUAUAGUUCCAUAUUUACAAUAAUUGGUGGGAUUGUUGGUGGGGUGGUCUAUGGAUAUUGUGACCCUUAUGUUCAAAAAAAAUUUCCAGCACAAAAACAAUCAUUUUCAACUAUUUUCCAAUAUUUCAAUGUAUCGAUGCAAACAAUUACCAUUCCUUUUGUAAUCUUAAAUAUAAUUGCUCUUUAUUUUUUAGAACAAUGGUACCCAUCCCAAAUUGAAAGUUCGAAUAAAACUACAAUAUUUGGUUCAUUAACAAAUCAAAUUUGGUCACCUAUUGUUUCUGGAACAAUAAUGGGAUUAAUGCAAAUACCUUCAUAUUUAAUAAGUGGUGUAGAUAUUGGUGCUAGCAGUGCAUAUGUAUCAAUAGGAGCAUUUUUUUUAAAAAAAUAUACCCCUUUGGAAAAUUAUUUUAAAACCUUUUUAAAAUCGCCAAAAACCUAUCAAAUAUUAUUCGAUUUCGGUGCUUUAUUGGGCAGUUUUGCUUCAUCAUUAUUUAAUCCACCACCAAAAAAUUAUCCCACUACUAAUGUCGGUACUAUUGUUGUAAAUUUAAUAGGAGGUUUUUUAAUUAUAUUCGGGGCAAGGUUUGCAGAUGGAUGCACAUCAGGUUCAAUUUCAGCAAUGUCAAAAACAGAAAUAGGUUCUUUUAUAACUUUAUCCUCUGUGUUUUUUGGUGGUAUUUUAUUUUGCUAUAUUUUCAAUAGUCUUUAA